ACUUUCAAAUGGUGGAUUUCUGACUCAAUGAUUCAUCAGACAUCUAUACAUAAAUUCAAAGCUGAAACCUAAAAAUGAAAUCUCUUGCUGUUCUGAGAGCUUUUACCUGAAAUGGUAAGUUCCCCUAAUCACGGCUUAGGGCGAGAUACAAUUAUUUUUUACUCUCAUGGAGUUGCAAUAAGCAAUACAAAUUUACCAGGCCUCACAUACACAAGAGAUUUGGCUUAACAUCUUUCAUUGGUUUUUCUUUCUUUCUCAAAUUUAAAAUUUUCCUGGUGUGAGGGUCAAUUGUUAGAACUCAUUUCUACAUGAUACAUAAACUUGCAAAUUCUGAGCAAACAAGCUCUUUUCCCAGGACUGCUGGCCUUGCCCACACAGAUGGUUUCCAGGGACCUGGCAAAUUUACAAAAUAAGGGGAAGCAACAAGGACCCCAGAGAAGUUGCUGAUCCAGAGACCCCUGCCUGUCCUACCCAUGCUGUUCUUCCUCUGUACUGAUGUCAAGCACAUAUUCUCUCGGUGGCAAGUCCUCUAUUUUCAGUCUUAAUUUAGUUUGUUUUGCCCUGACUGAAUUUCUCCCAUAUCUUUCUAUGGCUACCCACUUGACAGGAUGUCUUUCUGGGUUCCGAUGUAGCACUGUGCAUUCUGCACUGGUGUCUACCAGAGUGGAUAGGGUUUAUUUAUUUUUAGGACCCCAGUGUACAGUACCUCACUUGUGGCCUCCAUUGACCCCCUAUAUCCCUAUAUCAGAGGCAACCUUGGCCAUCUUCCUAAGAGAGGAGAGUUUGGGGUAUCUACCCCACUUACCCUUAGAGCUACUGUGGACUGUGCUCUUUGACACCCACCCCUCAAUUUAGAAUAGACUAACCCUACUGCAUGUCCUCAUACCUCAUGGAGGGCUGCUCUGAAUUGACAUAACCAAUAUGGAUAAGACUUUCCCCUCAUCCCCUCCUUUUGACACAUAGUAAUCAAGAUCCUUAGUGGGUAAGUCAAUUGAGUAUCCCUUGCAACAUACUCUGCAAUUAAUAAAUAAUUGACUUGAAACCACUGCAAAUUUCCUGGCCAUUGAACCUCAUGAUAUCAUUAUCAGCAAUCAUUUUUUUAAAAUGUCAAUAUUCUACUGGUAUAGCAGUGAGGUCAUCACUCCACCAUCAUCUGGUGGAAAUGUCAACCUUCUACUGGCAUAGCAGUGCAGCCGUUUAAUAAGAUAGGAUUCUUCAACCAGUUGGUGCUGGAUUUGCAUUUUUCUACUUUACUAUAUAGGGUAGAAACAUUGGUCUUCAUCUUCUAAAUAAAGUGCAGUAUAUCAUAUACUUCUACUUGCAAGUCUUCGUGUAAUUUGUGAGACUGCUUUGGAAAAAGAACCAGCCGUAUCAUCCAGAAGAUUCUUCCUGUCAUGUCUGCAAUGGCAAACGAAUUUUCAAAUCAACAAGAUGCAAGAAAGUCUGUUAGGAAACGACAAAAAGGUCUAUGUCAGAUCCUAAUUGGAAGAAUCAGGCUUCUCUUUUCAUGUUUAUCUAGGAAUAACAGCGCAGUGGUGGAUCAGUCUCCUUUAGACCCAUCCCUGGAAGCAGUUUCCUCCCCAAAGCAUAAACAGCACUUCAAAGGGGCAGCUGACCCAGUCCAUACGUCUGACCAUGCAGAUCUGCUGGGGGAGGCCAAGAAGACUCUGCAGACAGAGGAUGUGUGUUAUCCCCUGGCAACACUACCACCAUCUAGUGGAUUGGAUUCUCCUAGUGUUCAGUUCAGAGAAUUGGAUGCUCACCAGUCAGCAGGCAGGGUGCCAAAGGGAGAAGCUCAGGGCGAACUCAACCAAAGGGAGACUUUGCUGACAGAAGAUUUGGAUGAGAAAUUCAUGCAGCUGGAGAAGGAAAAAAGUCAACAGAUUCUGAUGAGUAUUGAGCAGAGCUUGUUGCAGAAUCCUCCAAUGGUUAGGCUGGAAGAAAAUGUGAUGAAACUUAAGAAAGAGCUCAGUGAAAUGGAAAUGGCAAAUCAAAUCAUGAAAACUCAGCUGAGGAAAGUCAUCCACAUCCAUCUUGUGGAUUUUAGAGAAUCUGUUACGAAGAUGAUGGGCUUUAACAUCAAAAUUCCAGACAAGGAAAUCACUAAUCAAUUCUGGCCCCCCAUCAAUCCUUAUGGAAUUAAUUACGUCUAAAGGCAGAUCAAAAUUACUGUUGCUUGUAAGACUGGCCAAGAGAACCAAUGACACAAAAGACAUUUGGCGCUUUUUUUCUUCACUGUCACCAACCAGACUUCAUUUGUUUUCUGUAAUUUUUGUAUAUAAGAUGUUAGAAAAUAGAUAAUGAAUAAAAUAUAUUUGGCAUUUUCAUUUAUGUAUUCUGUGAUCUUUGCCACUUGAUUUUUCUCCUCCUUUCUCUCUUAUUUAACCCUUUCAUGUAGUUUCUUUCUCCUUUUGCUAUAGCUUAUUCUAGAUUUGUUGUUUAUAAUUCAUUUGCGAUAGCCUAAACCUGAGAUUUCAUCACUGUGUGAACUCCACUGAUGCAUAUCAGCAAUUCUGUAGUUCAUAGUACUGGCUUUUACUGACAUUUUAGCCUGUAACUUAUUGUCUUAUUUUCUUGGGAUGCUGAUAGGUUAGAUGGCAAAUCCAGAGUAACACAACUAGUAUGUGUAAGAGUAGGAUUUGAACCUAGGUCUUCCUGUGUCCACGGUCAACUUUUAUUCCACUAAAGGCACAGUGCUGUUAAAAGCAGGACACUCGUUCUUUCAUAUUUUUAGUUCAUUUUAUUCAUUCUCAUUAUAUUUCAUUGUCCUCCAAUUGUUCUGAUUGAUGUCUGGCCACUGGACCCAGAUGGCUCGGGAGAAGAAAGUGAGGCUGGUGACUUUGC